GUCUGUAAAACGUUACGCGUUUGAUGUAGUCUGAUCUGUAUCCUUUUGCAGGCUGAAAACGUUUGGUGUUACAGCAUUGAUUCGUGGAUAACUGUUCCGAUUCACUUAUAAAGCUGAAAAUAAAGUUGCAAUGGACUGCUGCAGUGACGAAGAACAUGAAGAUAAACAACAUACUUCAGGAGCACUUUCUGAUUCAGAAGUUCCCAGACCACCAGAAGUCCCUGCACCAGGUGUGUUUUAUGUGACGUGUACUGGGACCAGUUCAGUUAAUCUUUCUUGGGAUUGCCCAGUCAGCAUAUCCACAUUUGAGUUAACUUACUCCAGUACCACAACCACAAAUACCUCUACUUUUUCAAACGUCAGAGCCAUAGAAAUGGAUGGGUUAUGUCCAGAAACUGAGUACACGUUCAGCCUUGUCGCAGUAUCAGAAAAUGGGGAUCGAAGUGUGGGAGUUGAAACGACUGCAUGCACCAAGCCACUUCCACCUAAAAAUGUCAAGGUUGAGAGUGUGAGCACCGUAGCAGUCACUCUUAUUUGGGAUGCACCCAGAUGUAUGGAGAAGACAUUUCAUGUACUCUGCUGCCAGAAUAGAAACAUCGUCCAGGAGAAGGCAACAAAAUUAGGCACUGUGGUUAUAAGUGACCUAAGUCCUGGGAUUAAGUACUCUUUUCACAUUACAACAGUGCUUUCAAAUGGCAACCGAAGUAAAGAAUCAGUGACAUAUGCUCAAACCAAAACAAGGCUGCAGAGCCUCUUACAGGAUUUGGGUUUGGAGCAGUACUACCCAAACAAACUCUCACUCAGCUCUGUCCUACAGAUUGACAAGAGGGCAGUGACAGAUGAGCCAGCUCAGUCUCUAUCAUGUUUACCAUGGCUGUUCCUAAAGAAACUGAUGAUGGUAAAUGUUACUGCAAGAAGUGUCAAAUAUUCUCAUCUAUCUGAUGAGAGUGAAGACUUGUCAAGCUUAGACAUUUACAAUGACCCUGCAGAUUUACUUAGUGAUCAAAACAGCACUGUGAACCCUUUGGACAUAGCAACAGCUCUUUUUCUUUGUUCAGAUGGUUUCCUACAACAAGAGAUGGUCUCGAAAAUGUCAAUGUGUCAGUUCUCUGUGCCAAUGCUUAUUCCAAACUGUGACACUCAACAGUGCACAUUCAUGCUUUGGGCAUUGAGUGAUAUUAUGAAGAGGUUUAGACCUCACUCCCUGUCAGAUACAAGAGGCUUUGUGGAAGACAGAAUUGUUCACAAUGAGCUCCCUCUGGUGUCUUUUGUUAGACUUGGCGAUUGCAGCAUCCCUAAAUCUCAGCUCUUAAACAAACUGCUCAGCAACCCCCAACAGUAUCAUGAUACAUUUGUACAUCAUGGUAUGGAUUGUGGAGAUAUUUCAAGAAGGAUUUCAGAUGGCUUAGUGGAGAUGAGUUGGUAUCUGCCUUGUGGAAACAAAAACAUUGAUGUCUUUCCUGAACCAGUAGCUUUUGCAAACCUGAGAGGUGACAUCAGUACCUUUGAAACACAGUAUACCUUCUUAUGUCAGGCCUCCACUGCCAUUUUUGUCUUCUUCGACAGCCUGGAUACAAACCUAAAGUUUCUCACCAACCAACAUGCCAAAGCACAGUUUUUUUUAGUGGGUAACAGGCAAAGCAAAGCAUUGGAUCUGGAGCAUCUGAAAAAGAUGGCCUCAGAAAUGAGUCUGAAGAAAAACAACAUCAUUCUGAAGACUAAUCAAAAUGAUGCCAAUUUCGUCCAACAGCUCCAUUCUACAAUAAAUCACAUUAUCAACAGACUCCCAAGCAAAGUAUGUCUUGAGGGGAUGGAUGCUGUAGCUCAUGAACUUGGAAUUCUUGUUGAUGUGGACAUUAAAGAAUGUCAGAAAGCCAAAGAGAAUGCAUAUGCCAUUACAAAAAACAUUCAGGACACACUGCAGUUCAAAGAGAACCAACUUCCCCUUCAGGGUAAAAUCUGGAAAGAUUUGGCAAAAUUGGAAAAAGAGGAAUGCAGGCUCAGAAAGGCUGGUGAACAAAACCUAGAGACAUACAAGAGCGAUCUCCAGUUAAAGAAGACUGAGCUCAGGAAACAGCAAAGCCAGUGUGAUAUCUCAGAUGCAAUGACCUGCUUUGUCAGUGCACUAACAAGCUCGACCCUGGAGAGAUCUUAUUUCUUGAAGUGGAUGCGGAUGAACCUUGACAAUAUCUCUCGCAAAAGCCUUUCUAGUCUCCGAGAGCAGUACAAAGAAAAGUGUCAACGACUUUCAGAAAACAAAGAGGAAAUUGCACGACUUGACCAACAGAUCUCUGGUAGUUCUUUAGGAAUGGAGCACUUCUUGCGUGAAAUGGGACAACUUUAUGAAGCGGCAGUGUCACUUCCAGAAAACUUAGCACAACGUAAACAAAUGCUCCACUUGCCCAGACUAUGCGCUGAGCUGAUGUUGGAUGGCUUCCCUCUGGAGCUGGUUGAUGGAGAUGCAUCAAAUAUUCCUCUCAGAUGGGUGAAUGAUGUGCUUCAGCAUCUAAACUCUUUGGUGCAGCCCAAUAAUAAAAUCAUAGUGGUCACAGUUUUAGGAGUGCAAAGCACAGGAAAGUCCACUUUGCUGAACACAAUGUUUGGUGUCCAGUUUGCAGUUAGCAGUGGAAGAUGCACAAGAGGAGCUUUUAUGCAAUUGAUUAAGGUCACAGAGGACAUCAAAGAAGAACUGGGCUGUGAUUACUUAGUAAUAAUUGACACCGAAGGCCUGAAGUCUCCUGAGCUGGCAAAAUUAGAUGAUAGUCAUGAACAUGACAACGAAUUAGCCACCCUUGUCAUAGGUUUGAGUGAUAUCACAAUCAUCAAUAUUGCAAUGGAGAACUCCACAGAAAUGAAGGAUAUUCUGCAGAUUGUCGUUCAUGCCUUCCUCAGAAUGAAGGAAAUAGGCAAAAAACCCAAAUGUCAAUUUGUCCACCAAAAUGUUGCUGAUGUUUCAGCACAUGAGAAGAACAUGAGGGAUCGGAAGAUCCUUCUGGAGCAGCUGAAUGAGAUGACUGAAGCGGCAGCUAAAAUGGAAAACAAGCAAGAGUAUAAAAGCUUUACUGAUAUAAUGGAAUAUGAUCCAGAGACUUGCAACUGGUACAUUCCUGGACUCUGGCAUGGAAAUCCUCCAAUGGCCCCGGUGAAUGCUGGCUACUCCGAACAUGUCUAUGACCUCAAAAAGAAAAUGAUAGAGAUUAUUGGGAAAUGCAAACUCAAACCACAAAGAAACAGGAUAACUGAAUUUUUGGAGUGGACAAAAAGCUUGUGGAAUGCAGUAAAAUAUGAAAAUUUCAUAUUUAGCUUCAGGAAUAGCUUGGUGGCAGAUGCAUACAUGAGGCUGUGCACAGAAUUCCAUAAAUGGGAAUGGUCUUUUAAGAAGCAUAUGCAUGCUUGGUUAACAAAAGCUGAAACUAGAGUGUCAAAUUUUGAGAUGAUGAAACUAAAAUCAGACAGGUCGGAUUUGCAAGAUCUCUUGCGCACACUGAAGCAAGAAGCUGUCGCAAAGCUUGACACCUUGGAAAAGACCACCAUGGAAAACCUUUCCAAAUACUUUGACCAAACAGAGGGUCAUGUCUAUCUUGUCGAAAAAUACAGAGAAGAUUUUGUGAGCAGUGUGAAAUCUCUCAGGAGGGAAACGCAGAACUCUCUGUGGACACAGCUCGAGUCAGUGGUGGACAUCAGGAGAGGAAUGAAUAAUCUGGACAACAUCAAGAAAACUUUCACUGAUACAAUGGAGAAAAAAGUGUUGGGUCUUCUUGAGGAGUUACGAAGAAGCAACAGCUUCAAAAGUGAUGCAGAUAGACAGACAACUGAUAAGGACCUGGACAAAUUCUUUGAAAAAAUCUGGCAAGAAACUGUCAAUGAGCUGUCAUUUACUGGCUUGAAGAGCAGAAACGUAUUUGAUUGUGUGUUCUGGCAACUUCGUGAGAACAUGAAACAGAAGGGAGGUUCUGUAACAGAACAACUAUCUCGAGUGAAUCUGCACAAUUUUGGCACAGGGGAAUUUCAAGUGAAAAAAGAAUCCUUUUUAAAAAAAUUGUGGAAGUGCUUAUUCCAGGGUAACCAUACUGUCGAUCUACAGAUCAUGGCAGACAAUCUAAUACAAAAAUGCUCUGAAUUAGUCCUGGAAAAAACGAUGACCCAAUCAGAUUAUCAUGACAACUACAUUCAGGAGAUCUUAAACCUAAUUGAUGAAAGACUUGCUGCCAACAAGACUAUGGGAUUUUCAAAUGAAUUUGAAUUAUCUCUUAAAUUGCACAUUUGUGGAUUCUCAGCAAGAGAAUUUCAACGCAUGCAUGAAAGUUUCAUUGUGCAGAAUGAUCCACGUAGAUGCCUUGAUCAGUUUAAAGACAAAUAUCACAAUGAUUUCAAAGACCUUUUCCAUGAUCGUGACCAGUGUCAGAGAAAAGCUGAAGAAUUCACUCAGCUGUGCUUGAGUCCGGCAGUUGAAACAUACAUCUACAGCUCAUUGGGCCCAGACAUUGUUGAUGCAAUGCUUCAGGGUAAAAAUGCCUUUCAAUUCAGUACUCGUAAAUUUUUCCAGUACUCGCUCCUAAAGCAACUUCUGAAUACAGACAAUUUUACACAGUAUGUGAAAUACAUCGUCAACUAUGAACAUUUUGUUAAAGGUUGGAUUUCGGAACAAAUCACUGAACAGUUUUCUAAUGGAAAUGAGGUGUCUAAAUUGGAGGUAUUUCACUUAACAGGAAUCGUCAAGGAGAUACAAGAAGCCAUCAAAACUGCACUGAGUGAAACGGAUGAGGAUGGCAUCAAAAGAUUUAUACAUUGCAUAUGUAGGAAGCUUGGACAGAAACUUGUAAUACCCAAAGAUGCCCUUGAAACAGUAAUGGUCCUAAACAAUGCUUCUCAAGAGCCAUUUGCGUGCUGCUUAACUAAAUCUGUAGAGGACAUGGAACAGUCAAUGAAGAAACAUUUGAAAGAAGGCAGCAUACAGUCAAAAUUGACCAAGCUCAAAAUGAAACCCCAGGAUGAGCUCUUCAAGCGAGUGUUUGGAUGUGGCAAACAAUGUCCGUUCUGCAAAGCUCCAUGUGAGGCGGGCGGAGAGGCGCACACUGAUCACUGUGCUUCAGUACACAGACCUCAGGGACUUGGCAGAUACAGAUAUGAAAUUGGUGAAAAGUUGGUGACUAACAUCUGCUCUACAGAUGUCCACAGUGACAAGACAAGGUUUAGGUGUUUUGAGACCAAUUAUGAAUAUUACCCUUACAAAAGAUACAGAGUGAUCUUUCCUGACUGGCACAUCCCUGCAGAUCCUAGUAUACAGGCCUCAGACUACUGGAAGUAUGUCAUGACACGGUUCAGCACCAAGUUUGCUGAAGAAUACAAUGCUGUGCCUGCUGAUAUCCCCUUUGGAUGGAAAAUAAUCACAAGGAGUCAAGCAUUGGCCAGUCUGAAAGAAUCUUUUAGCAUUAAAUAAACCAUGCUUUUUCAUGGAGGUACUACCUCCUUUCAGCACAUUGUUAAAAUGUUGGAACAGUGCUAACCAAAGUGAUAUAUGCUGUUGUUUGUGCUAACUGAUUAAAAUAUAUAAUAUGUACCAUUUCAAGAUAAUUAGAAAAAUUAAUACAAUAUAGUAAAAUGUUUCAUAUGUGCAUGUUUGUAGAAGAAGUGCUUUGUGAAAAUGUACUCUUGUUUGUGGUUGUAGAACAUUAGCUCAUUCGUAGAGCAUUACUUCAUUAUAAAUCUGUUCAAUACUUAUUUCUUGGUUAACCAUGAAUAAAAAAAUUAUUCUGUAA